AGUGAGAGAGAGAGAGAGAGUAGGCAGAUAUAGAAAGAGGAGUUGGUACCAAAUACUCCCAUUUUGCUGCUCAUUUCAAAACCUAAUUCUCAAAACCCCCUUUUUCUUUCCCCAUUUCCUCUCGCAAGCGAGAGAAAUUUUAAGAGAAAGAGGGGACCUUUUCCUUUUGUUUCGUAUUUAUGAUUUUAUUCGAUUUCUAGGGUUUUGAGCUAGAUCUGCAGUCUUCAAGCUCGACUCAGCUAAAGGCAAUGGAGGAUUCUUCAAGUGAUGGGAGUCGAUUUCGGAGAAUACCUCGUCAACUGUGGACUUCUAAUCUGGAGCUCGAUUCUGUGAUAAAUGAAAAUUUGGAGCAGUGGCCGCAUCUAAAUGAGGUGGUACAGUGCUAUAAAGCUGAUUGGGUGAAGGACGAGAAUAAGUAUGGGCACUAUGAAAGUGUUGCGCCUUUGUCAUUACAGAAUCAAGUUUUUGAAGGGCCUGACACGGACAUAGAAACAGAAAUGCAUCUUGCCAAUGCAAGGCAGUCCAAAACUGAAGAGGCAACUGAUGAUGACGGUCCCAGCACCUCAGGAAGACAGAUAAAUGAGCAUUUUGGCCAAUCUCCACUGCCAGCAUAUGAACCUACAUUUGACUGGGAAAAUGAAAGAUCGAUGUUUUUUGGACAAAGGAUCUCUGAAGCUCUUCCAGCUCAACAUUGCAGCGGAUUGAAGAUUACUGUGAAGGUACUAUCCUUGUCUUUCCAGGCUGGAUUAACUGAGCCCUUCUCUGGUACAAUUUGCCUAUAUAACAGGGAGAGAAGAGAAAAAAUGUCAGAGGACUUCUAUUUUCAUGUUCUGCCAACAGAGUUACAGGAUGCUAGCAUUUCUUCAGAACGUAGGGGAGUUUUCUCUUUAGAUGCUCCUUCAGCAUCUGUUUGCCUCCUCAUUCAGCUAGAGAAGCCUGCUACAGAAGAAGGGGGUGUUACUUCAUCCGUUUAUUCACGAAAGGAACCUGUUCAUUUGACAGAGAGAGAAAAGCAGAAACUGCAGGUAUGGUCUCGAAUCAUGCCAUACAAGGAGUCAUUUGCUUGGGCUAUUGUUCCACUCUUUGAGAACAACAAUCCCAUGGCGUCAGGUGGUUCUGCUUCCCCUAGCAGUCCUCUUGCUCCCAGCAUAUCUGGCUCAAGCUCCCAAGACAGUGUUGUGGAAUCUGUUAUGAAAAAUACUUUAGAUGGCAAGUUGGCUCAGUAUUCAAGUGGAAGUUCAGUUAUUGUUGAGAUAUCAAACUUGAAUAAAGUCAAAGAAAGCUACACAGAGGACUCACUUCAGGACCCUAAAAGGAAGGUACACAAGCCUGUGAAAGGUGUACUCAGAUUGGAAGUUGAAAAGCUUCAUAUGACUAAUGUGGAUGCUGAUAACCUUUCUGAAAGUGGAAGUCUAACAAAUGAACCAAAUGAUGCUGCUGGCCGUUUUGCGGAGCCUUCUUCCGCAAAGUAUCUUGGUAAUGGUUCUGAUGGAUUACGGACCGGUAACUUGAAGUUUAAUGCCAGCGAUAAAAAGGAAUCACACAGAAAUGUUCCAAAUAUGAUACCAGGAAGUUGUCUCGACAGCAAUAGUGAUGAAGUAUUCCAAGCUUUUGAUUUUCGCAUGAUGACUAGAAACGAACCAUUUCCGCAACUUUUACAUUGUCUUUAUCUAUAUCCCCUGACCGUCAGUUUGAGCCGCAAAAGGAAUUUAUUCAUUAGGGUGGAAAUGAGGAAGGAUGACUCUGAUAUUCGUAAACAGCCAGUAGAGGCCAUGUGUCCAAGAAAUCCUGGCGGCGGUCUCCAAAAAUGGGCGCACACACAAGUUGCUGUGGGUGCUAGGCUGGCCUGCUACCAUGAUGAGAUUAAAAUUUCUCUUCCUGCUCUUUUGACACCUCAACAUCAUCUUUUAUUCACAUUAUUCCAUGUUGAUCUCCAAACAAAGCUAGAAGCUCCCAAGCCUGUAAUUAUAGGAUAUGCUGCCCUCCCCUUGUCCAGCCAUAUUCAGCUGCAGGCUGACAUUUCUUUACCAAUUCUAAGAGAGCUAGUUCCACAUUAUCUGCAAGAUGGAGGGAAGGAGAGAGUGGAUUAUCUAGAGGAUGGAAAGAAUGUCUUCAAACUACGACUAAGGCUGUGCUCUACAUUAUUUCCACUCAAUGAGAGAAUUAGAGAUUUCUUUCUUGAGUAUGACCGGCACAUCCUUCGGACUAGCCCUCCUUGGGGUUCUGAACUCCUAGAGGCCAUUAAUAGCUUGAAGAAUGUUGAAUCUACUGCCUUGUUGCAAUUUCUUCAGCCAAUUCUUAAUAUGCUUCUUCAUUUGAUUGGUGAUGGUGGAGAAACCCUUCAGGUUGCAGCAUUUCGAGCCAUGGUCAAUAUUCUGACACGGGUACAACAAGAGUCCUCUGACGGUGCUGAUCGGAAUCGCUUUCUUGUCAACUAUGUUGAUUAUGCUUUUGAUGACUUCGGCGGUCGGCAAGCACCAGUUUAUCCUGGUUUGUCGACGGUGUGGGGAAGUCUAGCUCGCAGUAAGGCAAAAGGCUACCGUGUUGGGCCAGUUUAUGAUGAUGUUCUGGCAAUGGCAUGGUUCUUCUUGGAGCUUAUUGUGAAGUCAAUGGCACUAGAGCAAAGUCGCCUUUUCUACCACAAUCUUCCACUAGGUGAAGAUAUUCCACCAUUGCAGUUGAAAGAAGGUGUAUUCCGCUGUAUCAUGCAGCUUUAUGAUUGCCUGUUGACGGAGGUUCAUGAACGCUGCAAGAAGGGUUUAAGCUUGGCAAAACGUCUAAACAGCAGUCUUGCCUUCUUUUGUUAUGAUCUGUUGUCAAUCAUUGAGCCACGCCAAGUGUUUGAGCUGGUGUCCUUGUACAUGGACAAAUUUGCUGGGGUCUGCCAAUCUGUGUUGCACGAAUGCAAGCUUACCUUUUUGCAGAUAAUAUGUGAUCACGAUCUUUUUGUGGAAAUGCCAGGGCGAGAUCCUUCAGAUAGAAAUUAUCUCUCAUCUAUUCUUAUUCAAGAGCUUUUCCUCACAUGGGAUCAUGAUGAUUUAUCUCAGCGUGCAAAAGCUGCUCGCAUCUUGGUAGUCCUCAUGUGCAAGCAUGAAUUUGAUUCUCGCUACCAGAAGCGUGAGGAUAAAUUAUAUAUUGCUCAGCUGUACUUUCCUCUUAUCGGACAGAUACUUGAUGAAAUGCCAGUAUUCUAUAAUCUAAAUUCUAUUGAAAAACGUGAAGUGUUGGUUGUCGUUAUGCAAAUCAUAAGGAAUCUAGAUGAUGCCACCCUUGUCAAGGCAUGGCAACAAAGCAUUGCUCGGACCAGAUUAUUUUUCAAACUCCUAGAAGAAUGUCUUAUUCUCUUUGAGCAUAAAAAAGCAGCAGACAGUUUACUCAUGAGCUGCAGUUCUCGUAGCCCUGACACUGAAGGACCUGCUUCUCCAAAGUAUUCUGAUCGACUGUCUCCAGCAAUCAAUACCUAUCUAUCUGAGGCUUCUCGUCAAGAAGUUAGGGUACAGCCUCAUGGAACUCCUGAAAAUGGCUAUUUGUGGAAUAGAGUCAGUCCUCAAUUCAGCUCGCCAAGCCAACCAUAUUCUUUAAGGGAAGCUCUUGCACAGGCUCAAUCUUCUAGAAUCGGAUCUUCAACCAGGGCACUGAGGGAAUCUUUGCAUCCAGUAUUGAGGCAGAAGCUGGAAAUCUGGGAAGAGAAUUUAAGUACCACUAUUAGUCUCCAGGUCUUGGAGAUGACUGAAAAGUUUUCAGUUGCUGCUGCAUCCCAUAGUAUUGCUACUGACUAUGGAAAAUUAGAUUGCAUUACCUCCAUAUUGAUGAGCCUCUUUUCUCGAAAUCAGCCAUUGGCCUUUUGGAAGGCUUUGUGUCCUGUGUUCAAUAAUAUUUUUAAUCUUCAUGGUGCGACACUGAUGGCAAGAGAGAAUGACCGGUUCUUGAAGCAAGUUGCUUUUCAUCUUCUAAGACUUGCAGUAUUCCGUAAUGAUUCCAUCAGGAGAAGGGCUGUUAUUGGAUUGCAAAUACUUAUUAGGAGUUCAUUUUAUUAUUUUGUGCAUACCACACGGUUGAGGGUGAUGUUGACAAUUACCUUGUCAGAGUUGAUGUCUGAUGUACAAGUUACACAAAUGAGGUCAGACGGAUCUCUUGAAGAGAGUGGUGAAGCUAGACGUCUUAGGAAAUCAUUGGAAGAGUUGGCUGAUGAAGAUAGGAGCAGGGAGCUUAUAAGAGACUGUGGCCUCCCUGCCUGUGCACUUGAGGCAGUUUCUGAAGGAUCAACUGAUGACCGUUGGUCUUGGUCAGAAGUCAAACAUUUGUCAGACAGUCUUCUUCAAGCACUUGAUGCAGGAUUAGAGCAUGCCCUGUUGGCUUCUGUUAUGACUAUUGAUAGAUAUGCAGCUGCUGAGAGCUUUUAUAAGCUUGCAAUGGCGUAUGCACCUGUUCCAGAUCUUCACAUUAUGUGGUUACUGCAUUUAUGUGAUGCACAUCAAGAGAUGCAAUCAUGGGCUGAAGCUGCUCAAUGUGCAGUUGCUGUUGCUGGUGUGAUCAUGCAGGCCCUUGUUGGGAGGAAUGAUGCUGUUUGGAGCAGAGAUCAUGUAGCAGCUUUGCGCAAGAUUUGCCCAAUGGUCAGCACUGCAGUGACUGGUGAGGCAUCAGCUGCUGAGGUAGAAGGAUAUGGUGCGUCAAAACUGACUGUGGAUUCUGCUGUGAAGUACUUGCAGCUUGCGAAUAAGCUCUUUUCACAGGCUGAGCUACAUCAUUUUUGUGCGAGCAUCUUGGAACUCAUAAUCCCUGUUUAUAAGAGCAGGAGGUCAUUUGCUCAACUUGCUAAAUGCCACACAUCCCUCACAAACAUCUACGAAUCAAUUUUGGAGCAGGAAGCAAGUCCAAUUCCUUUCACAGAUGCCACUUAUUAUCGGGUUGGAUUUUAUGGUGAUCGUUUUGGUAAGCUAGAUAGGAAAGAAUAUGUAUACAGAGAGCCACGAGAUGUACGUCUAGGUGACAUAAUGGAAAAGCUGAGUCACAUAUAUGAAUCCAGGAUGGAUGCCAAUCACACUCUUCAUAUAAUACCAGAUUCCCGACAAGUAAACGCAGAGGAAUUACAGCCUGGUGUCUGUUACCUGCAGAUAACUGCAGUGGACCCAGUUAUGGAAGAUGAGGAUUUGGGCAGCAGGAGAGAGAGGAUCAUCUCUUUAUCCACUGGAGGUGUAAGAGCUCGGGUUUUUGAUCGUUUUUUAUUUGAUACCCCAUUCACUAAAAAUGGCAAGACGCAAGGUGGAUUAGAAGAUCAAUGGAAGCGACGUACUGUUCUCCAGACAGAGGGCUCCUUUCCUGCACUUGUAAAUCGUCUUGUGGUUACUAAGUCUGAAUCCUUAGAGUUCUCACCAGUAGAGAAUGCUAUCGGAAUGAUUGAAACCAGGACAGCAGCGCUGAGGAAUGAGCUGGAAGAACCUCGUAGCUCAGAAGGAGAUCAAUUACACAGGCUUCAAAGUUUACAGAGAAUACUUCAAGGCAGUGUUGCGGUACAGGUGAAUAGUGGAGUACUUAGCGUCUGCACGGCAUUUCUCUCUGGUGAACCUGCAACCAGGCUUAGGUCACAGGAACUGCAGCAGCUAAUUGCUGCGCUUUUAGAGUUCAUGGCUGUAUGCAAGCGUGCAAUACGUGUCCAUUUUAGAUUGAUUGGGGAAGAAGACCAGGACUUUCAUACUCAGCUCGUGAAUGGUUUUCAAUCCUUAACAGCUGAGCUUUCUCACUAUAUUCCUGCCAUACUAUCAGAGCUCUGAUUGUUGUGCUCUUUGUUAACUUUUGAUGUGGGUUUGUAAUUCCACUGUGUACUAAGGCAGUGUUUAUAUUAUUGUCAAAUAGUUUGGUGUUUUGUAUAUGCUUUGCUUCUAGUCAUUGCCCUUGUACUAACUGUAAUUUUUCAAAAAAAUUCCUCUGUAGCUCUUUUUGAGAGCGUUUUGUAACAUUUUCAUGAGGAAAUGGUUGUGUAAAUUCAGUUACCUUGUCCGUUUA